CUCUCCCUUUCGCCAACAUCAGUUCCUUUCUACGGUUCGACUCUCUUUCAGCACUGGUAUAUACUAGAGAGAGAGAGGGAGAGAGAGAGAGACCAUGGAUAAGAGACUGCCAUUGUACACACUUGAUUUGUGAAAGGUGGAUUCAACGAACCAAGGAAUUUACUUGCAAUUCAACUUGAAUCAACUAGGGUUUACGCGAAAGUAAUGGCCUCUCAUGCGCUCUCAGUACUUCAUGUUCUUCCUUCAGCUUCACAAUCUUGUAAUAAUUCCAGUAGGCGUUCACUAUCUAUUCCUCUCAUUCUUAAAUCGGAUAGUUUGGUGAGUUGUUUUAUUGGAAACAAGGUCUCAGAUCGGUCGUCGAAUUUGAGGUAUCAUACGUUGAAGCAACGGCGCUCUACUGUAGCAACGGUCUUGUUUAGUCUCCCAACUACAAAACCAGAAAGGGCUGCUUCUGGAAAAGCCCCAAAAUGGUCCGCAAGGGCAAUAAAAUCCUUUGCAAUGGCGGAAUUGGAAGCAAGGAAGCUAAAGUACCCGAAUACUGGGACCGAGGCUCUUGUGAUGGGGAUCUUGGUCGAGGGAACCAGUUUAGCUGCAAAGGCUUUGAGGAAAAGCGGUGUUACACUUUUCAAGGUGCGAGAAGAAACUGUGAAGUUACUUGGAAAAUCUGACAUGUACUUUUUCAGUCCCGAGCAUCCUCCAUUGACUGAACCAGCUCAGAGGGCACUUGAUUGGGCUGUUGAAGAGAAACUGAAAUCAGGUGAAGAAGAUGGGGAAAUAACGACAGCUCAUUUGCUUCUUGGAAUUUGGUCCGAAAAAGAAUCAGCUGGCCACAAGAUAAUGGCUGAGCUUGGUUUUGAUGAUGAUAAAGCCAAAGGGCUGGCAAAAUCUAUGAACAAGGAUAUCGUUUUGAACUCUAAGUAGCUGCUUCAAAACGUCUCAAAGAGUGACGGCUUACAUGGUGCUGUGAAAUCUUCUCGGAUCAGCUACACAAAGAUGAGAUUCUUCAUAAUCAAGCAUUUUGGCAGCUUAGGAAAUUGUUAUAUACACACUCCUGUUUUGUUUUUAUACCGAUUGCUUCUCUGGAGAACACUGAAUUUUGCUACUCCUUGUAAGACUCGGGUAAUUUCGUGUAUUUCUGGUGGUAUUUGCUGGUUGGUGGCUUUUGAUAUUCUGGGCUACGUGUAUUCAAGGGGUCCAAAUAUCCAACUUAGGAUCGGCAAAAAGCCUGUCUCGGCGGAUGGCCCAAUGGGGUGACUGCUGAUAAGGCCAGUUUUU